CUCCCACGCCCGCCGCUCCCUCGCCUCGCCCUCCGCCAGACGCCUGCCCGCGCGCUGCCGCUCCUCGUGCUCGCCCGCGUGCCUGCCUCGCCGUCGCCGUUGCGCGCGUCUUGCUGACUGUCUCGCCUCUCUCCUUCCAUCUCCAUCCCUCCCUCCCUCUCGCUCUCCCAACUCCCACGCACUCCCUUGCUCCCUUCGCUCGCUCCCACACGCGCCUCGCUGCCGCACCCACAACACGCUCCUUUCUGCCGCGCCUCUGCCGCUGCCGCUUGCUUGCUGCUCCUCCUCGCGUCCGCCUGCUGCUGCCGUAGCAGUCCCGCGCCGCACGUCUCCACCAUGAAGACAUCACUCGCCCUCGCCGCCCUCGCCGCGGCCGUGCUGGGCCUCGCCGCUGCGCCGGCCGCCGCGCUCGAGGAGCAGAGCGCCGGCCACGGCCACAUGCGCCGGCACCACGCCAAGAUCCAGAACAUCCAGAAGCGCUACCAGGGCCACGCCACGUUCUACAACACGCAGACUGGCAACGCUGGCUCGUGCGGCCGCAUGCUGCACAACAGCGAGUACGUCGUCGCCGUCGCCGGUGGCAUCAUGAACUCGGGCCUCUGCGGCAAGACCGUCACCAUCUCCGCCAACGGCAAGACGGCGCAGGCGACCAUUGAGGACACGUGCCCGCCCGGCGGCGGCAACUGCGGCGGUGCUGACCUCGACCUGAGCCCGUCGCUCUUCGCCUUCUUCGCGCCCGUCUCCGUCGGCAAGAUGCCCAUCUCGUGGUCCAUCGGCGGCGGCGGCGGUGGCAACAGCGGCGGUGGCGGCGGCGGCAACAACAACGAUGAUGACGACGACGACGACAACGGCGCGGCCGCCGCUGCCGCUGCUGCUGCGGCCAAGAAGGCCGCUGCCCGCGCAUCUGCCGCCGCCGCAUCUGCCCUCGCCGAGGCGUCUGCGUCGCGCAGCUCGGCGUCCGAGGCCCGCGCCAGCUCGCUCUCCGAGGCCAGCGAGAGCCGCGCGAGCCGCUCGUCGGUCGCGUCCGAAUCGCGCGCCAGCUCGCUCUCCGAGGCUCGCGAGAGCCGCUCGAGCGUGGCCAGCGUCGCGUCGGCGUCGAGCGCCUCCGUCGCCGCCGCCGAGGCCAGCGCGGCCGCCGAGGCUGAGCGCCCCAAGGUCAUCGAAAACUACGUGGCCGUGUUCGAGGGCAUGAACAACAUGGUCGCCGCCGCGCAGAGCUAAGCGUCGUCUCCACUCUUGCCUCCUUACGCCCGCCACGACCUGCUUCACCACUCGUCGACGCUGUGCGCCGACCAUCUCGUCCCUCGCCUGCCGCGCUGCGGCGCCGCAGGCUGUCCCGCUUCUUAUUGCCCUCGUCGCUGCCACCUCGUCUUACGGACAAGCCGUUCCCUUGCCCUCGUGCCCGUCCCUGUGUCCCGCUCAUACCUGUGCGCGCUCGAUGCCUGCCACACGCUUCUCCCUACGACGAUGCUUCCAUUCACCUACACGUCCUUCGCCCUCCUACCCUACUACAGCCCGCCUCUCCUCUCUCCACCUUACUCAGACUCACCGCCGGCGCCGUCGCCGAGUGCGGCCGUGCGCCACGAGGAGCGUGUAAUGUCGAUGGAUGUGCCGUC